AUGCGACGGAUUCUCCAAAAGCAUCACCUCGCACGCCCGAUCGAGAGCUGCGUUCAGGCUUUAUCGGACUUCAGCUGCUCUUCCUUCACGGACUUCAAUCGGAAGCAGGCCCAUGCAAAAAAGGACACGAACACAGCCGCCCCUGCUUUCUUGGAGUUCCUCAUUGCGGUCCUUAAAGGUGGCCAGGAGCAGCGCGUCGGGGCAUUUUCACCACCUUCACCGCCUUCACCUCUCGGAAAUGCAGCUGUUGGAGCAAACGGCAACGAUGUCGUUUUAGACCUCAAGCUGGACACCGAUUUCGGAAGGUCAAUUUCAGCACACCCCGAAGACGACAAUGCGUCUGCUCUGACUUACCAUUCAUACUGCGAUGCAAUGGUCGCGGGUGCUGGCGGUGACGGUGAGGAGAAGGAAGUGAUAAGCGCUGAAGUGUUGAAGCUGGGAGGAACAGAGGGCAAGCAAACCAUGCGCAUCGCUUUCAAAUCCAAAUGCCUGCGGACACAAAACGAGUGGCAGAAGCAGCUUCUCGCCCAACAACGCGCGUUGCUGGAUGUUGUCACAGGCAGGUUGCAGGCAGCCGAGAGAACUUUGAAAGAAGACGAGGAGGUCAAGGAGGAAGAAAGAGAAUUGUUGCGUGGAUUUCGGAAGAUUGUUCGGCGCGAACGAGGUUCAGAGGACACACAGCUACCAGCUGAGAUUUUUGUGGUGGAAAAGCGACAGAAAUUACGAGAUGAAGCAGAAGAGCUGUGCAGGAUCCUGUCGUAUCCGUGCCAGACCUUCAACAGCUUCUCCCGAACAAUGGAAGCCUUAGCAGAGGCUUCGCAGGAAACCAUCCAGCGCGUUGUUUCUCUGGUUUCGCGCGGCUCUGCUCACAGCAUGGUAUCGACUCGUGGGGCUGACUUACUCGAAGGCCGCCCUGGCGACAAACUCCCGGACUGGCGAUGCAGAGCAUUGUGCACAACUGGUAGAGGUGCCGGAAAUGUGAUGAUUGAAAGGCCAACUCAGAUCGUAUUCCUCGGCAUGGCUUGGCUCUCGCGAGGCCUUCCUGAAGAAUGGCAGCAACAAGGUGUGUACGUCGUUUUGAUCACCGAGGCAGACGAAUUUGAGGAGGUUGGCCGUCAGCUACUGGCAUCAGGCGAAGGAGAGAUCCGUGAGAAGCUUCGAGCCAAAGGCAUAUGCGACUAUCUAAUCCAUCCUCUUUCGCUCGACAGCUUGUCCAAAGUCGUGUCGGAAGCCGUGAAGCGCAGAUUGGAGGAAUAUCUGCUGCUGGACAUAUUGGGUCGUGGCGCCACGGCUUGUGUUCACAAGGCCAAGCGGCUACGUGAUAACGAGACUAUAGCCUUGAAGGAGAUCAACAUGCGACGUCUCAAGAAUGCCAACGAAGAGAUCGAACGGGAACUGAGGCUUCUGCGUGAGCUCAGCUGGCCAACAGUGGUUUUUACAUUGGACACCUGGGAGAAUCGUUCUGAGCAGCUGCGGUAUGUGGUGAUGCCAUUGCUGGAUGGCGGGAGCUUGUUACACCGGAUUGAAGCCGCGCGAGGAGCGGAGUCUGAAGAAGUACAGCAUUCAGUCGAGCUUGUCGCAGAUUGGUACGUGCAAACGCUCCAUGGACUGGCAUAUCUUCACUGGCGAGGAGUUGUUCACCGGGACAUCAAGCCUGGAAACCUGCUCAUCGCCGAAGACAGUCGGCUGUUGCAGAUUGGUGACCUUGGAAGUGCCAUGCUGCUUCCAGGGACUGGGCCUUUCCCGAACCCACAUGCCAAAGUGGUCGCGCCCGUGACAAGUCCGUCAUACGCAAGUCCCGAAGCUCUCUUGCAGGAGACGCAUUUUGCGGCGUCAGACCUCUGGUGCGUCGGGGUCUCGUUUUUUGAGGCACUGACGCUUCAUCCCAUCUUCCCCGACGUGCAGAGCAUGGCCGAAGCGCAGGAUCACGUGCGUGCCUUUGAUCCUUCGAUGGCUGGUCCAACAAACGGUGCUACCAACUAUGCGGUUGCCGCGCUGUCGACACUGAACCAGCUUCGUUGCUCGUCUUCCUCGAGCCCGGCAGCUGUAGAGCUUGCCGGCGAGUUGCCUGAACUGGUGCGACCAGAUUGGAUGCAGAGGCCAACCGCGUCUGGAAUUGCUUCCCGCUACUUUUGCAUGAAACGCAUCAAGACAAUUUUAAAGGAAACUGGUGCUGUGCCGAAAGGCAUGGUCAGCACCCACAUGGAAGACUACAAAGCUUUAUUGAAGCAGUCGCAGGCUGCGAGAAGCACCACGCCAGAUGCAGCAGGUCUGCAGCCUGUUGACUUGCCAGUUGGCCGUGGACGUGGGCCACGCCAGCGUUAG